AUGGAUACUCGAAAUGAUGAUGUAAAGUCGAACAUGAAACCCAGAAGUUUAUGUGACUCCUAUUUACUUUCGUUGCCAGCUUUAGACUGUGGCAAUUCAAAUACGAUGUCCAUCCUUGAUUCCCCCACCGUUACGCGCUUGCGAAAGAUGGGAAGGGGGCUUAUUAAACACCCAGACCAAACACCUUUCAGACGUUCUUCAUUGAGUCAUACCUUUCAUAAAACUGUAACGCUGUCUGAAAGCAGGCUAGACACCACAUAUAGCAGAAGAAAUUCCAUCUUGAAGGUCGGUGACCUUGAGGGGAGCUUUUCGCAACUUGUCUCUCCCUCAUCCCCCUCGAACACUAAGAAACCCUCUCCAAAGCCUCACCGGCCCUCGCGAAAGCCUAAGGUCAGUAAAUUUCUUGUAGAAAAUACACCAGACACGAAUGGCCACCCUAUCGUCCCGUCAUCCCAUAUUGAAUCCGACGGGUCUGCAAUUCUGCUAAAAGGUGAAAGGAACCAGUCUCCAUCCCAAAAUCCCCAACAAGGUCAUGGCUGGCGGCGUCCUAUGAUUUCAGCAUGCAACACCCCCUUACAGAAGGGAGGUUUUGCCUCCGAUAGUCCGGUUUCGUCUAGCUCGACUCGGCGCCUUUCAACUUUUGCAAGCAAUAAUGCGGCAGGGAGAUCGUCAGUCAGCCCAGAGUCCACCGCUAACGGUACGCCCCAAAUCAAGACCUCCUCACGUAGAGAUUCUACGGUUUCUUUUGGAACGCCUACGAAAUUAGACGAUGUGAAGUUAACUCAAUCGGAUAUAUCGACUCAGCGCUUAACCAGGGUACAAAGUAAGAUCAGCAUGACAACUGAAAUAAUGAACGAAGUAAAGCGGCACACUAGAGUUGUGCCUUACGUUCGCACCGAUCAGGAGCGCUACAAAGAGAUCCUUCAAAUGGAGCAGUCUAAGCUGAUUUUAUUAAUUGGUCGCAAGUUUAAUUUGGAAAGAAACAUAGAAGCGGUUUUGGACGCUUUUGAGAUGGAUAUGUCCCACAAGCUUGAUGCAUCCAUUAAGCAUAAAGACAGCAAAGAUUAUGCACCAUCAUCAUCUAGACCUUACAGCGCACCUAAGGGCAACAUCAACCGACGCAGAGCUAGUGUCUACCUCUACCGAUCUGAAGAAAUCCGAAGGUUGAAUCAACUUAACAAUGCCUUUCUCUCGGAUUUGGUUCGAGAUAACUUUAACGUGAAAUCUCUACACCGCUUAAUUGAGUCCUUGGAGAUACAGUUGCGCAAUGUAUGCAAACGUGCUGGUAUAGAUGUGCCCGACCAAGUGUCCUUGACUGAAGAAAAAAAAAACUCCAUUCGUAUGGCGAAGUCGAAUUUAAAUGACAUCCGCUGGCAGAUUGAGAGUAUGGAUCUCGGCUUGAACACGAAUAUUGAAUUACCGGAUGACCUGACGUCGGUGUUUAUCACCGAACCAUUAUUAUCUAACGACCUUUCCCCAUCCGCUAUAACUCGUGAUCAUCGCAUGAACCACGUGCCAUAUCGUCCUCACGAUACCCCCAAGACGAAAUUAAACCUCAGUCCCCCUAAACUCGCCGGGACCACUGACCACUUAAUCCCUCUGAGCUCGACUAAACCACAUCAGCCAACUUCCGAGGACGGAGGCUUGGACCGAACUGAUGGGUCGAUACAGUUUGUUCAACCCACUGAACCCAGUGUGGUAGGCUUUUCGCUCUUAGAAGAAUCGACGUUAUACGACAGGGCGGGUGUCGGAUCGCUGAAACUGCUGGGCUUUAUGUUUGAUGCCAUCGCAGCGGCACAGGUCGCCGAUUCAAUCAAACGUCAAAGGCCGCUGCUUACAUCAGCCGCUGAUACCAGCAAAUCAUCUGGGGGGGAAGAUUCCCUACAAAUGUUCCAGAUGCCAAACUCAUGUCCACUGCGUACGGACUCAUCCAAUCACGCAUCACCGGUAUCGCUUCAUGAGAUUCCCUCCAUUAUAAGUCCAGAGCCGGGAAUUCCAUGUGAGCCUAACGUCAACACAAGCCCUGGGUCCACCAUAAACCUGCAUCCAGACUCCUCUGGUGUUAAGGAAGCAAAACAUCCAACCAAAUUCGGUGACACUUUAUCACCUUUAUAUUUUUGUCGAUCUUCUUAUCUUGAUCAUAAAAAUGGAGCCGCAUCCUCUCAGAGUUUUGGGUCAGGUUCUGCCGCACACAUAAACAAUGGUUAUACGCAAUCCAUGGCCCACGUGUCCACCUUGCGACCUAACCUGGUUCAUGAUCUGAAGCAGCUCUAUAAGGAGUACGAUUACAGUCGCCUAAUCGAGGACCGCCGUUUAUUUCAAAAAAGACUUUCCAGCUAUCGGAACGCGAAUGAAACAGCUUAUAUUGCCGAAUUGGAUGAAAGGAUCCGGAGGUCAAAGAUGCUUGCCUUGGAAGGCCAAAAGGGAAGGGGAGCUCAGAAUGAAACGGAUGAAAUCUCGAAUCGGAUUGCUCUGAUGGGCACUAUUGGCGCUGCGUCUUCUACGCAGCAUUCCUCCCUCACCUCUCGAGAACGCAUGCGUGCAUCUAGCUCAUAUGCCCGUUCUCAAUCGGGUGCUGCAGGUGCGCAAAUACGUAAUUUGGAUAUGUAUCUAGAAGACCAACAAAUAGCACAAGAAGUGUUUCCCUUAGAUUUAGGACAAACCGAAGACGAAGAAAUAAUACAUCCCACAGAGCUUGCUUCUGAAUCAGACAUGCAUAAAGAAUCAAAAUUGGUUCAAGAGGGCAUAGAGGGAUCGCAACAUUAUUCACCAGGGGAAUCACUACUGCAGAAUCAGGAAGAGAUCCUCUUAUCUACACAAAUCCCUUGUGGUCUGUAUUUUACCGUAACGAGAAAGCUCCAACCUGACGUUGUAUCAUCCACUAAAAAAAAAGAAAAGGGUAAAAAGAAGGCCAAGAAAAAAAGUAAGCCUCAACAGAGCCCUGAUGGCAAUGCUACCGAAGACACUACUCAAGUCUUGUGUGUUCGUGCUCGAAACGAAAAUUCGAACACCCCUUGUGAAGCUUCCGUGAAACUACUCACCGAGCAACAGUCGAACAUUAGGAUGCUCCCAUCAAAUUAUUCGAAUCUCUCAAAAAGCGAUGGACUUAUCGAGAUGUUGCUUGAGCCAGGAGAAACAAAAACUCUUGCGUUUCUAUAUCCAGUCAAUAAGAACAUGCCUGUCCAAUUUAACGAAACGUUGACCUUUAAUGGUAGUAUGGUCUCUCUCUUUGACAAGUUUAAUUCCCUGCGCCCUCUUUCGUCACGACGAAAUUCAGAUAACUUCUCCAUUUUCUCUGGGGAUAUGAAAAAACCAUCGAAACCUCUCAAGACGAAAAACGAGAGCGAUAAGGGUACCAAACAUCGAUUGUCCAGAGCGAAAAAGAUGUCAACUACUUCAAAAGGGCGACGAGCCUUGUCCAAGUCUGGGGCAUCGCGCGUAAAGGGAACCUCAGAAUCCUCUUUGACCUUUACCAGCGAAACCGAAAAAAGUUCAAAGCUCUUGAUAUCGGUUGAAGACUCGAAAAAUGGCGCGACCAGGCCUUCAAUCUCUGAUUCCAAGAAAGUAUCCCCUCGGAUGGGCAAGUCUUAUGAUAGUGUGGAGGCUGCUCAAAUACUAGACGGAGUGUCUGCGGGUGUGGACAUUAUUGAUAACCUUCUGCAGCCACGUGAAGUGGGGGAUUGGGGUAUCCCACAUGAGCAACACGAAAAAGAGGCUGUUGAAAAUAAUAUGGUUCUUCUCUCUGUUCUACAGACUCAGGCAGAAUCUGGGAGUAAAUCGGGUCCUUUUGCCGAGAACGACUCUCAGAUGCGGAGCGACGUCGAAAAUGUGCUGCAGCGCAUGUCCUUGUCCGAGAAGAAUCCGCUCAAAGAUUUACAAACUGCGGAGACUAUCGUGACGGGUAUUGUGCAGCAGAUCGCAGAGGACGUGGAGGCCGAAAGCGCUGAGAGGUUCUUUGGAUUAGAAAUCACUCAGGACGCGGUGCGUAAUAGGCUUUCAGCUACGGAACUCACCCCCGAACUCAAAGGCCUCUUCAACGAUAUCGACGCUACACAGAGAUUUCGAGAGCCCUACGUCAAGCUUGGAGGUCUACAGGGGAAGGAUCUUUCGAUCAGCUACUCGGCAUCGCCAAAAUCCAUAGCACCCACAUCUCAAUUAGAAUCUUCAGAAUUCCCUUUGUCAUCGGAUACCCAGAGAAUAGGGGUCUACGUUAAACACCACAAAUCCUUGAGUGCGGCUGAACGAUUUGACUCUUUGUCUGAACGGACAAAUAGCUCCUCUGGAAGGGCUUUGUUAUUAUUUUCCGAUGCGGAAACAAUUGCAGCCCCCAGUAGUAGUGAUCCUCUUUCACAGGAUAACAGAGUAGAGGUAAAUGCCGACGCAAAGGGACAGGGGCGUCCGAGAUCUCACAAGGGUUCUUUAUCAUCUCAAAAGUCCGGGUUUGCCCGAAAAGGAACCUAUUCAACCGUACACAGUGCUGCUGCCCCCCUUCCAUCGCGAGAGGUGACUCCUAGAAGAAAACGCACCAAUACUGUAAGACAGCUUUAUGAAUUUAACAAAAAUUUAAGUGAAAACGAUAUGCAGCAGCAGCUUACCAACGCUCUAAAAGAGAUUACCCAAAAUGCCCCAGAAGCUUAUGUUUCGCGAUCGGAAGCGACUGGAAAAUUGAAUGUGCUCAUGCCGUCCAAUUUUAUCAGCGAUGCUUCCCAAUUGUCAAAUCUCUUGGUGCCCGGGAAUGUGACCAAACGUGUGGAUGGUUUUGGCAACAUCAUUGCAAAGCCAGGAGCGCGUAUGCACACACCUAGGAUUGAGCGUGGCUUGAGUAGAGUUUCUGCCAAAACACAAGAAUCUAACAAAUCUGCUGGUUCAAAUGAAUGCACCACAUAUGUGUCUAAUAUUCUUAACAUGGUGAAGUCCUCCGCUUUGAACCAACAGCCAGUCAGUGCCAAGGCAGCCAGAGGGGUCAUGGAUAUUGCUGCGAAUGAUAUUCUAAACUUUGAUGACGCUGGCUCUAUUGUGCAGUCAGCGACGACAAUGGAAAAUUUAGAGGAAGAGGCGCGUUUGCUGUAUAUCCAGGAUCCUGUCCGAUACGAUGCGGUGGUCGACGAGUUCAUGGGUCUCAUCACAUCGGAGCUGCAAGAGUCUUCAGAUCUCCAAGACUCCGAUGGCAACAAGGAAGACCGGAUUGAUGGAUUUCUUACAGAUACGAUGAAAGUUUUGAUCAAGAAAUUUUUUGAUCAAAAAGCCACUGAGGAUGAUAAGGUACCUACUGUACCUUCUAGUGCAUCAUCCCUGCCCGGGGCCCUACCAUCGGUUCAAAAAACUUUACUUCUGGAAAGAGGGAGAUCCUCUGUGGUAAAUCUAGAUGGCUCAGAGCGACAAAGUAGUGGCCCACAGUUGUCCAAUCUUGCGCUCGAUUUACCAUCUUCACGUCGGACAUGGAGCCUCUUACCCACUACUGAUAAUAAGCUACGUGAUGGUGCGAUAAAGUAUGAUGAUAGUACCACAAUCGCACCAAAUGAAGGUUUCGCGAUCCAUCCGCCUACACCACCUUCUCCCAGGCAGCAUCCGAGGGAGGAGUACAUAGCGGUCAAAGUUGAGCCCUCUUCGAAGGUUCACACAAUGAACGAUGACCCCGGCGAUAUUCGACACAUCCUCUACGAGCAGUUUAAGGCAAAGCUCAUUCUUUCUAUUUUCGUCAGCCACACGCGGCGAAUGUGGGCGUUAAAGCAAAAAGAAGACCGUAAUCAUAAUUUCGAGGUGAUCGCCAAGACGAUCACUCGCACGACACAAGUUGCGUGGGAGUUCGAGAAGCAUCGCGUGCUGCAGCUCAAAAAACUCAUCCACAUCCUAGAUCGACAGACCGGUCGUCGGAAGGGAUGGAUUCCAUACUACACGGAUCACAAUGUUUUGGUAAUGCAAGACGUACAUGUUCCAUGCCCACGGUACAUGUACUUUCAGGGGCAUCAACGGCUACGCCAGGCGAUGUGGUUUGCGCGUCGUGGGAAGAUUUUGCCCUUGCGUUUAGUGCGUCAGGAUAUGGUGCAGAGCUGGAACAAACAUCUUCUGCUGGGGUAUUCUAAAUAUGUCGUCAACGACGAACAAAUGACAGAGCCCCAAAAAUGGACGACGCGGGGCAAAUUUAUUCCCAUACACUAUUACAAUAUGCGCACUCCAGGAGAACGCGCGCGAUACGCACGUCGUGCACGUUUCGGUGCUGUCUUCCAGUUUCCAUCGAAACGAUUUUCACCUAGAACUUACAGAGAGAGGGAUUUACCUGUAGCACUCCACUAA